AUGUUCCCCCAGCUCCUGUAUAUGCUAUGGGCAAUUGCCUUCCACCUCCCCCUUGCCGCGUCGCAAUCCAAUGCCACAGCCCAGGAUCCUCACACGGAUCCCUUCUACCAACCUCCGCCUGGCUUCGAGACAUCACCGCCAGGCACCAUCUUCCGCGAGCGCGUGAUCGCUACCUCCUUCUUUGGCAUCGUCCCUGACCCCGUGGAAGCACACCAACUGCUCUACCGUACCACCGCCAUCAAUGGGUCUGCCAUCACUUCGGUCACGACCGUCUUCAAGCCCGCUCGCCCUCUGACCGAUCGAUUCGUCUCCUUCCAUACCGCAUACGACAGUGCGUCCGUCACCUGCGAUCCCAGCUACCAGUACCAGCUCGGCGUCGUCCAGACCGAUCUCAUUUCCACUUUCGAGUUCCUCUUCCUACAGCGACACCUCCUACACGGGUACAUCGUAUCUGCUCCAGAUCACGAAGGUCCUGAUGCCGCUCUCGGUGCCGGUCGCUUGGCAGGAAUGGCGGUGCUAGACAGCAUGCGUGCGGUUAUCAACUAUAACAAGACUAUUGGGUUCUCGACUUCUCGUCCCGCCAUCGCAGCAACAGGAUACUCUGGCGGAGCAAUUGCAACAGGCUGGGCUGCGUCUCUUCAUUCCUUCUACGCUCCGGAGCUGAACGUGUUCGCAUGGGUUAUGGGAGGAACACCCAGCAACUUGACCGGUACAUUCUAUUACCUCGAUGGCAAGAUGUACAGCGGCUUCAUUCCCGCAGCGAUUGACGGACUCUCUAAGCCUAGCGCGUACGGUCCCCAGCUCCUACCCAUCAUGGAUGCUAUCGCCACCGAGCAAGGCAAACUGCUUCUGAACUACGCCAAUACACACUGCGUUCCAGCGGACCUGGGCCACUGGCCCAACAAGUCCAUGUUGUCCACCGACGUUCAGAUCCUCGGACCCGACCUCCUCCUUGAACCGACCGUUCAUUCCGUCCUGGGCGAGAACCUUCUAGGUGCACACCCCGAAGACACCCCGAUUGCCCCGGUUCUUGUUUAUCACGGCCUGAAGGACGAAAUCAUUCCAUAUGAAAAUGUUCCCAUAAUGGUCGACGCGUGGUGCAACGCAGGUGCCACUGUCCACUUCACAACAUACGUGAACGGAGGCCACGCGAGGACUCUGCUCGGCAGUCUAACAGACACCGCCGAGUACAUUGACAGUGCAUUCAACGGCUCGCUUUCGUGGGGCUGCUCGUCGCAAUUCAAACGGAUGGUUCUGCGACCUGAUGGGAUGGAAGAGGAACUUGAGCCUGAGUAUCGUCGGCUCAUGGGGAAGUUGGAUCAUGCGGAUGAGGUUACGGAUCAGUGCGACGUUUAG